ACAUUAGUGAUUUGAUUUGAUUAAUUAUUUCCUUUCUCUCCUAUCUGUCUGUCAUCUUUCCACUUUCUGCUUCCCUUUUUUAUAUAUAUAUAGUCCCUUCCUCUCUUUUAGUUCCCUCACUCCCAAAAUCUCUCAAUCUCGACAAUUUCUUUCUCAUUUCAAAGCUGUUGGGUUUCUUUUUCUUUUUCUUUUUUCUUUUGGGAAGAUGAGUUCUACAAUGUUCAAGGUUUUAAUGAUCUUGGGUCUUUUGGCCACCUCUUGCAUGGCUCAAGCUCCAACUUCUCCCCCAACAGCUUCACCUUCAGCUCCUCCAACCUCCUCACCACCGCCGGCGGCGACUCCAACACCUUCCCCAACACCGUCACAAACGCCAUCCCCAGCUCCUUCAACUGUUCCUACCCCAUCACCCACCACUUCCCCAUCGCCUUCACCAACAACUUCUUCACCUUCUCCUUCAAUCUCCUCCUCUCCUGCUCCCACCCCAGAAGGCGCAUCUACUCCAGCCUCCGAGCCGACAGCUGACCAAGGUCCUCCUCCCUCCGCUGCCUCCACCAACGGUGUCUUCUUUGGUGUAACCGCUCUCGCUGCUACUUUCUUCGCCGCCCUCCUGGCUUAAGAAAGCGAGUUCUUGCUUUCCUGGGCUAUUCACAGGCUUUUGGAUCACGAUUCUCGAGGAUCUUGUUCAUUUGACUUAGGGAUUUUUUUUUCACUUGUUUUUGUUUUAAUUUAUUUGUUCUGCAUUGUCGUUUAUUAUAAUUCUAUUAAUUUGGGUCUGAAUGGGUUGAUUAUUUCAAUGGUUGAUACGUGGUAGCAUUUCUGAGAUCGACGGUUGUAGAGAUUGGGCUGGUGUACAUCUAUAACAGUGGAAUAAAACAGUUUGUUAUUCUUUUUUA